GAUUUAUCUACAAUUGAAUUAUUCAUUUUUUUGUGAAAAUCCGGAAGUACACUGUAUUGUACUUCAAUUGAAGAUCAACCUGCAAGCAAAGAAAUGUCAACUUCCAAAAACAGCCGAGUGUAUCUCAAAUCUAAACCAGGAGCAGACCAUGCACCUCUGGUAGACAAUUUUGUUUAUGAAGGAUGUGACUUACCGUCAGCACUAACAUCUGGAGAAAUAUUCAUCAAAACCACAUACCUAUCCCUAGAUCCUGCUAUGAGGUGCCGUAUGAAUGAUGACACAGGUGUUGAGUACAUGAGUCCCUGGCAGCUGGGGGAGACUAUCAAGGGACUUGGAGGGGUUGGAGAAGUGACAGAAUCUAAUGAUCCAGCAUUUGUCAAGGGAGAUAUAGUUCAAGCAGUGAUGAACUGGCCCUGGAGCAAAUACUUCAAAACAAGAACUGAUGACAGAAUGCUUCCACUUACAAAGGUUGAUGCAGCUCUUAAGGAAAACCCUCAAGUUGUAUUAUCACUGUUAGGAAUUACAGGUUUGACCUCAUACCUAGGGAUCAAAGAGAGAGGCCAUGUGACCCCUGGAGCCAAUCAGACUCUUGUUGUCAGUGCUGCUGCAGGAGCCUGCGGGAACCUAGCAGGACAGGUAGCCAAGUUGUUAGGAGCCCACAGAGUUGUUGGAAUUUGUGGCUCAGACUCCAAAUGCAGUUACCUGACCUCCGAGCUUGGUUUUGAUGCUGCUAUAAACUAUAAAACUGAAAAUGUUCCAGAACGCCUCAAAGAAAAAUGUCCUGAAGGCAUAAGUGCUUACUUUGACAAUGUUGGUGGCACAUUAAGUGAAGAAGUUAUAAAACAGAUGAGUCAAGGUUCUCAUGUAAUACUGUGUGGUCAGAUAGCUGUAUAUAACAAAGAUCUGCCCUACCCACCACCAAUAUCUGAAGAAAUACAGAAUAUCAUCAAAGACAGAAAUAUCACAAGCUCAGACAGCCCCUGUGUGCAACCAAGCGGAACCAUUGAACAACUUUGGUAGAGGACCACCCAAGGAACAUCAUGGCCAAGUUUCAUCAAAAUCCAUUCAUUGGUUUUGGAGGAGAUGUCGUUCAAACACAAAUGUUGACAACGGAUGGACGGCUUGACGGACGCACCACGAACGACAGACACAGCGUGAUCACAAUAGCUCACCAUGAGCACUUUGUGCUCAAGUGAGCUAAAAACUAGGUCAGAUCAUAGAAAAAUAUUGUUAACAUUAGAAGCCAAAUUUUCUACUUGAGAUCUUUAUUAAGGUUUAGGAGUAUAUCAUCAAAACACAGAAAUAUUUGAUAAACGAACAACAUCUUUACCAACAUUUUACCUGACCAUUACAUGUUCUGCCGUACUGUCCCAUACGGCGGAUACUUAAAAUAUUCUGAAAAACUUGUCCCCCUUUGAAAAUGAAUGCCAUUUGUAAAGAGAUAAAAGUAAACAAUUGCUGAAAAUUGCAUUCCACCUAGUUAUGUGAAAUUUCAACACUUGUACAUUGUUGCAAAUGCAUCAAAACAAACACAUGUAACAGUUCUUUGAAAAUGGUGAGAUUUUAAAGGCGUUUAAGUUUCUGGAAGUGUGGCCCCUUUAUGCAGUCCUUUUCCGGAAUUCAAUGUUUAUAUCACUCUACUGACACUUGUUUCGUAGAGUAAUAUACAUGUUUUACAUGCUGUUCAAUUUUCAUGUGAAACAACUCUUUCUUUCUAUGAUUGGUGUUGUUUGAAUUUUUUUUCUCAAAAUGUAAGGCUAAGUUUUGUUAGAACAUUAAUUUUGCCUUUAUGAAAUACGGGUUAAGCUCCAAACAAGAGCUGUCACAGGAGACAGCACGCUUGAUUAUCUCAAUGCUGGGUAGUAAAAUAGGACACAUCUGAGGAAGCUGAUCACUGGAGUGUUUAAUGACUCCAAUGUGGAUGACAAUAUUGAACAAUAGUUUAAGUCUGAGUCAAAUAUAUAUUUAAUAAUAAGAGAGAUAGAAUGAAAGAGUAUCAAAACAUUAACUUAUCAAAACAGUAACUAAGUAUAAACAGGACAUGAAUUAUGGAAUAUUUCUGCAAGAAACCAUCAGUGUUUAGUUGUGUGCUGUUGGUUUUUGCCAUGUAACUUGUUCAGUUGUGGCUUCUACAUAACAACACAAGCAUGAAUUAUAUCAAACUCGGUACAGUCAAUUCUCGUUGGCUUGGUCUCAGAGGGUCCGUGAAAAGAGAUCGGUAGUUCAAGCCAUCAGUAUGGCAGGCAUCUUUGUACACGGAGCUCUCGUAAAGUACGUACAUGGCGUGUAUGACAUGGAUGUAUAUGAAUUCAUAUCAGGGUAUGAUGUACUGAAGUUGGGUCUGGGUGACUGUUACCUUGAACUUGUCAUAAUGGGCAAUGGUAGCUAUUGUGCUUAUCAAUAUCAGAUUU